CUAUCCCAGCAGCUGCUCUCUUUCCGGCAUAUUGCUGUAGUGACAGCGUUAAAGUUUUAAGCAUUUAAAGCCAGAAAUAACAUAGCUAACAUAAGGGUUCAACUGUCAUGAUAGUUUUAUUGUACAAAACGCGUGGAUUUCAUGAUUAAUAAUAAUUCAAACAACUUAUUCCGACACACGGCGCUUUCUUCGUGAUAAACUAUGGCUGACCAACUUGACCAUUACAGACGGAAAUUUGUUCCAAACCAUUCAAAGGCAGACUUCGAAGCAGCCCAGCGCUACUGCCCGUUUCACAGAGUACCUAUCGAGCUCGUGGCACGCGUCUUUUCUUAUCUGGAUAUAUUUGACAUUUCCCAGUGUUCCAUGGUGUGCAAGCGGUGGCACCUAAUCGCAAGUAAUUCCCCUUUGGUCCAGAUGAAUAUCAUCGUCGACAUCCACACAUGGUAUAUAAACAAACUGAAUCAAUUCGAAUUCGUGGAUGGUGACUACAAGGACACCAGUAUCGCGGGAAAUAAAGGCGAAUGCCUACUCAGACGAUUCGUAACGGGAUCAACUCGCCACCUGAUUCUUCGUUGGCCAUUGGAAUAUAAUCCUGCAGAAGCAGAACUUGUUAUAAAAGCGCCGGAUGAGUGUCGUUUCGUGUCGAAAAACGACUAUUCCUCCAAUUACGCUGGUCCAGUGGCGACCACCAUCGACAACAUCCUCAUCAUCGUGAAGAGUAUUUGGGAGGCCUUUGCGGAUACGGCGGUAACUUUGACGUUGCAAAAUUUGAAGCUCUACACAAAUUACUGGCACGUGAUUCGCGAUGGAUUUUCCAUGGUACACUAUGACAAUGUCCAGAUUAACUGCCAUUUCGAACCCAUCGGCCGGGGUCGGUUGGCACGUCCAAAACCGUUUGUUCUCCGUAUUCAGCUCGACAGGAAGACCUUUACCCAAGCCGAUAUUCAGCCGGGUUGCAGUGCUUAUGAGCGGUUCGGUGGCUUUAUACCGGCUCCGCUAUCUGAAGAGGAUGAAAGCUGCAUGGACAAGGUGCUGCGAUCGCCGACAAAAUUUGGAUGGAGCUAUCUGGACUACUGGGAAUGGUACUUGGGCAGGGAAGUUGAUGCUGACGAGAGUCUGUUCGAAAUGGAACUGACAAUGGAUGAGAUACGCACAUACCCUUUGUGGAAACAGUACUUCGCGCGCGACCUCUUGCAGCAAUAUCCAGUCGACAUCCAUGGAGUCUGCGCCGAUAGUCACAGUGGUCUUAGUGCGGUGCAGAGAGCUCUGGGGCCAUUCGAAUGGAUGGGUUCAUCCAGCCUUCUCGCGAAUGCUACCGCUUACCAUUGGUUUCACACUAGUGUGUCGAAGCCUCUCUGGUGACACUUUAUUUUGCUGAUUUAUUUAGGGGCACCUUUCGGCCCAAAUCCGGCUUCGUUAUGCCAUGGCUGUAUAGAUAGAUACCUGAAAUGCAACGGUCUGUUUAAAAGGAUUAUCAUAUGGUUUUAGGAAUAACAGUGUUAUGGUUUUUGGUCGAAGACACCGUUCAUUGCUUUUGCUGUUUCUUAUCGAAAAUUCUCUGUUAAACUCCCCAUUAAGUUGAAAGUUUGUGGUGCCGGAACUGGCUUUGUAAUUUUGGUGACCGUUACUUGAGAUAACGCAAAACCAGUACAUU